AAUGAGUGUCAAAUUUUUUUGAGUUAUGUGAGGUUAGAAUUAAGUGUCAAAAUGUAAGUAAAAAAAUUUAUGAUUAAAUUAAAUUCGUUUAAAUAAAACGGAAUUAGGUCGCGCUAUCUUAUCUUGUACUCUCGUCGACGACAAUAUAAGUCAAUAUUUUUAUUUUAAUUAAUUUAUUUUCGUUUCGAUAUCUCUAAGCCCCAUUCGACUCUCUACUAAAGGCUUCGAAAUGACCUUACAUUUCAUAUUUAUUUUCGUUGGCGGUCACGUUCGUGACGAAAUUCGCGGUAAAUAUUACGUAAAAUCGAACGAAUCGUCUCUAUUGUUUGGAUUAUCCGAUACGGGGACCGUUCCGUUUGGAAUUCCACUUGGAAUUCCGCUAAAACAAAAAGGUUAGUUCUUUUAAGAAUAUCUCGGAAAACAGAUGGCAACUAUAUUUCUUGUGAGAGGAAAAUUCGUUUGUAAAUGUUGUUCGUUACAAAUACGACGGUUAUCACAAAGUAGAGUUAAUUUUAAAGCUGAUGGACCAACACCAGUGGAAGUUUUAAAUAAAAAAUUAAAAAAUGGGGAGUUGUUGAGGGAUGAAGGACAAACGGAAGUAAUCGAGGCGUUACAAAGACUAUACGAGAAUAUUCAAGGUUAUGAACCACCUAAAAAAAGUCUACUAAAUCGCUUGUUUAAUAAGAAAAAGCAAGUUCCUAUUAAAGGUUUAUAUAUUUAUGGAUCAGUCGGUGGGGGUAAAACUAUGUUAAUGGAUAUAUUCUUUAAUUGUUGCAAACAAGAAAAAAAAUCAAGGGUACAUUUUAACCAAUUUAUGUUAAAAGUCCACCAAGAUAUUCACGACAUCAAAUCGGAUAUUAACAUAGAUCACCGUGAUAAAGAUGCUAAAAUUUACGAUCCAAUCCCAAGAAUCGCGGAAGUAAUCACCGAUAAAAGUUGGUUAAUGUGUUUUGAUGAGUUCCAAGUAACCGAUAUUGCUGACGCGAUGAUUUUAAAGCGAUUAUUUACACAACUAUUUGAAAGCGGGGUUGUUGUUGUUGCAACAAGUAACCGAGCACCAGAUGAUUUGUAUAAAAACGGGUUGCAAAGGGCAAAUUUUGUACCUUUUAUACCAAUUUUAAAAUCACAUUGUGAAGUAAUCAAUUUAGACUCCGGUGUUGAUUACCGUUUGAAAGGUCAAGCUGGCCAAACGCAUUAUUUCGUUAAAUCGCAACAUGAGGGUGAAGACCCCGUCGAUAAUAUUUUUAAAGAACUCAUCUCAAAAGAAAACGAUUUUGUUAGGCCACGUACUUUUACUAUUUUAGGACGAAACGUAACGUUUAAUAAAACAUGCGGUGGGGUUUUAGAUACAAAUUUUGAGGAAUUAUGUUGUCGUCCGGUUGGAGCUAGCGAUUAUCUUCAUCUUACGCAAUUUUUCCACACGAUUAUCAUUCGGGAUUUACCCCAACUUAGUUUGAAGCUUCAAUCGCCAGCUAGAAGAUUUAUUACUUUGAUCGAUAAUUUGUAUGAUCACCGAACUAGAGUUGUAAUUUGCGCUCAAGUUCCGCUUAAACAAUUAUUUUUAAAGAAAAAGAUGGAUGGGGAUGAAAUGAGUGACGAACAAAGGGUUUUAAUGGACGAUUUAAAUAUCGUUAAAGGAGAUGCUAAUUUAUCAGCGAACGUUUUUAGUGGGGAUGAAGAAAUUUUUGCGUUCGAUCGGACUUUAUCGAGAUUAUCUGAAAUGCAAACUAAAGAAUAUUGGGAUGCUGCUGAAAGAUAAUUUUUAAUUAAUUUUUUUUUUUUAAUAGGAAAUCUUGUAAAUAAUUUUUUGUAAUUUAUUUUUUGUGUGUAUAAAAGAAUUUUUUUUUGAUUUUAGUAUUUAUUCGUACUUAUUUCAUUGUGUAUGAUGUAAAUAUGAAAAAAAACUGCCAAUAAUUUUAUUAAUUAAACAAAUUUAAUUGUAAUUUUUUUUUGUUUAGGAAAAGAAAUAUAUUUUUUUUUGAUUAAAUCGUUUUAUUUUAAAUUAAAAACCCCGAUUUAUAAUACUAAUUUUAGGUUUAAUAACCAUUUUUAACGCAACAUAAGCUAUCAGUCUGGAAAGAAUUAAAUAAAUCGCGACAUCAUUAAAGCGUAUUCAAUGGAAGAGAGAAAGAAAGAGUCAUGGAAGAAAUACAUAACAACAAGUAUCUACGGACUACCGAAGAUUCACAAACCAGACGUCCCCCUCCGCCCUAUCGUCAGCGCCAUCAACUCCCCAACAUACCAGCUGGCUAAACAUCUUGCAAAGAUUCUGUCCCCCUUUACAGGUAACACGGAAUCGUAUGUCAGGGAUUCUACACAUUUUGUGGAAUCGGUAAAAGGUGUAAAGCUGGAUGCUGGGGAUAUGUUGGUAAGUUUCGAUGUGGAAUCCCUUUUUACUAGGGUACCAGUUAAGGAUGCUGUAGAGGGUCUUCGCCGAAAACUCAUUCCGGAGGGUUUACCAGGA